AUGACGACAGACAGAUCUGAUCUCACGGCAAGGGUGCUACCUCAGAUAUCCUUAGGAGACGGCUCUCCGGGUUCACUGACGGCCCCGCCUCUGCCCUUACCCCGCGAAUCCCCGGCGGCAAGGGCCCAAGAGCGUUUCCAUAUAACGGGUAAUGCUAUUGUCACUGGAGGAGCCGGCGAUCUUGGCUUUGCCGCGUGCAACGCCCUCCUUGAACAUGGCCUUGAAGGCCUUAUGAUAUUUGAUAUGAACCCAGCGGAGGCACAAGCUAGAGUCAAGGCGUUGGAGACCGAGUUUCCAGGUGCCAAAAUCCGAUUCCUAAAAGUCGACGUGACCGACGAAGAUGGUGUGAACGCUGCAGUCGAUGAGACAGUCAAGUUGUUAGGCAGUGUCAGCAUUCUGUUAAGUUUCGCUGGAAUGGUUGCCUGCGGGCAUGCGCUGGACUGGUCUGCAAAGGACUGGAACCGAGUGGUAAAUGUGAAUACGAUUGGUGGUUUCCUCGUUGCUCGUGCAAUCGCUCGGACGAUGAUAGAACGAGGAAUCAGGGGGAGCAUGGUGUUCAUAGCCAGUAUAUCAGGACACAGGGUCAACUUCCCCCAACCCCAAGUCUCCUACAACGUUUCCAAAGCUGGGGUGGUGGCUAUGGUGAAGUCGCUGGCUGGAGAAUGGGCGAAGUACGGAAUUAGAGUAAACAGAGUAACGGAUAACUUCCUAGUCAAGCUGUUUAAGGGAGUAGCCGCUCCAGAGACGUGCUUCAGACUCCAGAAUCCUAGUCCUAAGAAGAAAUUACUGACUUUCGUUGUAGUGAACACGAUAUUGAAUGAGGGUGACGGUCUAGACGAGGCAAGAAAGAUGUGGGCCAGUCGAAAUCCAAUGGGGAGGAUGGGUGAGCCGGACGAGUUGUCAGGGGCCAUUGUGACGCUCGCAAGCCGCGCUGGAAGCUAUAUCAACGGCUCGGAUAUUCUGGUGGACGGAGGACAGACCCUUUUCAUGUAGUGAACGCCGUCGGUUAGGCUUCAAGUAAGCAUACAUUUAGUAGCAACUAUCUCGUAAGACUAGAUACGUGACUCGGCCUUUUGCUUCCGAAUAGCUGUGCUGCUAAUCUUUUGGGUGAAAUCUCGCGCUUCCGAUGACUUGUGCACGUUUCCAUCGGCAUCGAGGACGUCCACUUCAAAUGUCUCAAGUUGCCGCCAGCCGAGCUCCUUCCGCCGCUCAUUCACGGCAUUGCCCCCGCUUCUUGUCUCGCCUGAGACCACAAGAAUAUCCAUAUUUUCGGUGGUGAUAGUCGGGCCGUAAGCAUCCUGGAUUACGACGCAGCGAACCUCGAUGGUGCCGUC